GCCGGAGGUGGAGCGGCGGGAGCCAGAGCCCGGGAGCGCAGGGCGCACAGCCAGUUCUCGGAGUGUCCGGAGCGAUCGGGAGCCACGAUGUGCGGAAUCUUUGCUUACAUGAACUACAGAGUUCCCAAGACAAGGAAGGAGAUUUUUGAAACCCUUAUCAAGGGCCUGCAGCGUCUAGAAUACCGGGGCUACGACUCGGCAGGUGUGGCCAUCGAUGGGAAUAAUCACGAAGUCAAGGAAAGACACAUCCAGCUAGUGAAGAAAAAGGGGAAAGUGAAGGCUCUGGAUGAAGAGCUUUACAAACAAGAUAGCAUGGACUUGAAGGUGGAGUUUGAGACACACUUUGGCAUUGCACACACUCGCUGGGCCACCCAUGGGGUCCCCAAUGCAGUCAACAGCCACCCACAGCGCUCAGACAAAGACAAUGAGUUUGUUGUCAUCCAUAAUGGGAUCAUCACGAAUUACAAAGAUCUGAGGAAAUUUCUGGAAAGCAAAGGCUACGAGUUUGAGUCAGAAACAGACACGGAAACCAUUGCCAAGCUGAUUAAAUAUGUAUUUGACAACAGAGAGACUGAGGACAUCACAUUUUCAACAUUGGUCGAAAGAGUCAUUCAGCAGUUGGAAGGUGCGUUUGCAUUGGUUUUCAAGAGUAUUCACUACCCAGGAGAAGCUGUUGCCACAAGGAGAGGCAGCCCAUUGCUCAUCGGAGUGCGGAGCAAAUACAAACUCUCCACGGAGCAGAUCCCCGUCUUAUAUAGGACAUGCAAUAUCGAGAAUGUGAAGAAUAUCUGUAAAACAAGAAUGAAGAGACUGGACAGUUCCACCUGCCUGCACGCUGUGGGCGAUAAAGCAGUUGAAUUCUUUUUUGCUUCAGAUGCAAGUGCCAUCAUAGAACACACCAACCGGGUCAUCUUCCUGGAAGAUGAUGACAUCGCCGCAGUGGCCGACGGGAAACUCUCCAUUCACCGAGUUAAGCGCUCAGCUAGUGAUGACCCCUCUCGAGCCAUCCAGACUUUGCAGAUGGAACUGCAACAAAUCAUGAAAGGUAACUUCAGUGCAUUUAUGCAGAAGGAGAUCUUCGAGCAGCCAGAAUCCGUUUUUAAUACCAUGAGAGGUCGGGUGAAUUUUGAGACUAACACAGUUCUCCUGGGUGGCUUGAAGGACCAUUUAAAAGAGAUUCGACGAUGCCGAAGGCUCAUUGUUAUCGGCUGUGGAACCAGCUACCACGCCGCUGUGGCUACACGACAAGUUUUGGAGGAACUUACUGAGCUCCCUGUGAUGGUUGAGCUUGCCAGCGAUUUUCUGGACAGGAACACACCCGUGUUCAGGGACGAUGUUUGCUUUUUUAUAAGCCAAUCAGGUGAGACUGCAGACACGCUCCUGGCAUUGCGCUACUGUAAGGACCGUGGUGCACUGACUGUGGGCGUCACCAACACUGUGGGCAGCUCCAUCUCCCGGGAGACCGACUGCGGAGUCCACAUCAAUGCAGGGCCAGAGAUUGGGGUGGCCAGCACCAAGGCUUACACCAGUCAGUUCAUCUCUCUGGUGAUGUUUGGUUUGAUGAUGUCUGAAGACCGAAUUUCUCUACAGAACAGGAGGCAUGAGAUCAUCCGGGGCCUCAAAUCUUUACCUGAGCUGAUCAAAGAAGUAUUGUCACUGGAUGAGAAGAUCCAUGACCUGGCCCUGGAGCUCUACACACAGAGGUCACUCCUGGUGAUGGGGCGGGGCUAUAACUAUGCCACAUGCCUGGAAGGAGCCUUGAAAAUUAAAGAGAUCACCUACAUGCACUCAGAAGGUAUCCUGGCUGGAGAGCUGAAGCAUGGGCCCCUGGCGCUCAUUGACAAGCAGAUGCCUGUUAUCAUGGUCAUCAUGAAGGAUCCUUGCUUUGCCAAAUGCCAGAAUGCCCUACAGCAGGUCACGGCCCGCCAGGGUCGCCCAAUCAUACUGUGCUCAAAGGAUGAUACUGAAAGUUCUAAGUUUGCAUAUAAAACCAUCGAGCUGCCCCACACUGUGGACUGCCUCCAGGGCAUCCUGAGCGUGAUUCCACUUCAACUUCUGUCUUUCCACCUGGCUGUUCUCCGAGGCUAUGACGUUGACUUCCCCAGAAACCUGGCCAAGUCUGUCACUGUGGAAUGAGAACAAGACAAUGGGGAGACCAUCAUCACCUUUAGUCUGAUUCAAGACCUGAACCAACUCCAAGGAAGCCACGAGGGAAAAGGAGUGGGCUUCCACUUGUCCCACAUGCUCCCAGUAAAGCUUGAGAGCUUCGACGUGCCUUGUACCCAAGUGCUUUUGCUUACAGCAAAUGCUGUUUCUCUGUGUCCUGAAGUCACUGAGGAGAAGGGAUUGUUGUUUACACACAGGGAUCAGAGCAGACUUUUCCACUACUGUGCAAUAGAGAUACUGCUCUCUUCAGAGUAACUGUGAACCUUUUUAAACCAACACUAGCUAAUUUUAAAAGAUGAAAUAUUUAUAAUGUUGAUUGUAUAGCUUCUAAGUUAUUUUUCUAGUAUGCAGCUUUCUGUAGCCAUGGUUAACACCCAGACUGAGCAUCCUGGCUACCCAGGGCACUGUCUCUGGGCUCACUCCUGGUGAGUGUCAGUCAUUUCAGAUUUGGGCACAAGGCAUUGGCCCUCUGACUCCUUUCCCUCCCUCUGGACGCUGCUCUUGAUUUCUGACAUCAGUGAGUCACCUCUACUCUUCCAUGCCUCCUAUUGAGCCCAGUUGAAAUCUCUAUUCCUUUCAACAUUCUCCAAUGACUCAAAUCCCUCCAACUCUCCGACUUCUGCUUAAUCAUAUCAUGGUUGUUUUUAAGUCCAGGUGGCAUUUUGGUCCCUGCUCCCUUCUCAUAGUAAGACAGCUUGAAAUGCCUGUGCAAGAGGGUAGUUCCAAUGAGCCUGCCCUGCUCCAUUUAAAAGCGUGCACAAUCAAUGUACUAUGCAAUUUUAAAAAACAAUAAAGACAGUAUGAAUUUUUUUUUG